UUAGUGACUAUAAUUGUGUGAAACUGAUUUGAGGCUUGGCAUAUAUAUAAAUAUUGUGGCGAAAUUGUCGAGAUAUAUGGAGAUAUUUAUUUAUGGUGAGUCACCCUAACAAUGUCGCCAAUAAACAGGGGAAGAACAUAUUUCACCAGACAUAAAACAAAAUAAAUGAGUUUCUAGUAUAAAAGGCUGUGUUCAAUUCAAAUAGAUAUUUUCGUAAAUUUCGACAGACACACGUUAGAAUGUUCCCACCAGUUGACAAACUUUUAAUAAAAAGUUUUAUGUGGAUCAAUUAAAUAAAUUUUCUCCUAACUUAAAUAUGAAUGGGCAGAUUGGUCUGAAUUGUUGCAUACUUUGUAAUGUAAACACGCCCGACUAAACUGCCUUAGUUAAAUGCAUAAAAAGAAAAAGAAAUAUUGUCGUCCAGUUAGAUUUAUUAAAAUACACUUUGGCCAUCGCCACUGAUCGGCAAUGUCUUUUUCUGUCCAUUUAAAUUAUCUUGAAAUCUAAUUUGUGUCCAAAAAACUGCAAAUAAUAAUUAUUAUUUCAUCAGCGUGGAAUUGUUAACAUAGAUAAGCUAAUAUUUAAUGAAUAAGUGAAUAGAAGACAUGUCUUUAAAUGUCAUUUAUAAUAUACACCUUCUUGUAUUAUCAGUACAUGACAUUUCUUCGUAUCAUUGUGAAUUUAUUUGGGACAGGUAAAUUUCACACCAAGUUGCAUGUUGAUUAACUAUCAAACUCCCUUUACACCGCUUGAAAUAUGUCAUAAAUGACUCAAUAUCUAUUUAUGGUAAGGGGAAAACCCAGUUUAAUAGCUCUUUGUAUCAAGUCGUUUAUUUGCAUAUUCAUUCAUGAAUUUAAACAUUGCACGCCUAGAGACUAUGUAAUCGAGUCUUGUAGAAAGCAGAAUACUAUUUCCAGUAUCAAUAUUAAUUCGUUCAUCUUCUGAUGUAAAAUAUCAUCUGUAGAAGCCGAUAUAAGUAAUUUAAAGUACAGUUAUUCAAGAUAUCUGGUAUGGUCAUAUCUUGAUAAAAUUAUCUCAAUUAACAGAUAUCAAAGAAAAUGGCUGGCGUCUCCAGUGUAUCAGUAGAAUACCCAGAGAGCUCACCCGAUGCUAAGAGGAGAAAGGUUAUAACUCGAAGAGAGAAAGGGAAGAUGUUACCUGAAGAUAACUUGAGGAUAAUAUCUAACUAUGUGUAUUUAACCGAGAAUCUGGCUCCUCUACAACCAUUAUUAGACAGUUUAUAUGAAAAACAAGUACUAAAUGAAGAUGACUUGGAAAAAAUCAGAAGAGCGGAAUCAAGGAGUACAAAAGCAAUGAUACGUCAAUUUCUAGAUAUUCUUCGGACUUGUGGUAUAAAUGCAUAUUCUAAAUUCAUUCAUUGUUUAAAUGAAUUUGGAUAUGGAGCAGUAGCUGAACAAUUAGCAUCGGAUAUUGAUAUGGAUGGUAUUGUUGAAAGGGAAGAGAAAGAAUCAGAGGAAGAUGACAAAUAUUUACAGUUACAGGAAAGACUUCAACAAAUAAAACAAGAAAAACAGAUAAGUGAAAAGGAGAACCAAAGGAUAAAAAUGACGUUGAACUCGUUAAGGUUAGCUGUAAAAACAAAAACCAAUAUCUUUGUUCGAUUCAAGUCAGAGAUGAGAACAAAAACGAAGCUAUUGGACCAACUAAAAGAGGAAAGGGACUCAAGAAAUGAAGACCUACAAAUGACGAAAGUGAGAAACAGUAUUUUGUGCGAUGAACUGGACCGAAUUUAUGAACAAAACGUUAUUAUAGACAGAAUUAAAGAAGAAAUUGAAGACGAUGAUAAUGGACAAGGAAUAAAUGAUUCCGGUUAUUCACCAGUUGAUAUUCAAGCAACAGAUGGGAAACUGCUUGUAAAACAAGAACCUCUAGAUGUAAAUGAGACAGAUGAUAUAGACUGUAGUCUACCACCAGAUGAUAAACCACUUGACGGCAUUACAACAGAUGAUGUUAAAUAUAGUCAGACAUCUAUACAAAACAAUAAUAUGGCCACCAUCACAUCAACAACUUCAUUAUUAAACCAACCAUUUGUUACACAAGAUGUAAUAACAACUAACUAUAAUAAAACAACCGACAACAAUAUAAUGGACGAGGAAUCAAUACGUAAAACUUGUCUACGUGGUACACUUGAUGAAGUCAACAAUUUAAUACAAAAAAAUAUAAAUGUAAAUAUUCCUGUCUAUGGACUACCACCAAUAUUUUAUUGUGUUCAAUCUAAAAUUAACCCAAUGGAGAAGGUAAAAUUACUCUACUCUGCUGGUGCCAUGUUAAAUGUCAAGGAUAAUAAUGGUCGUAGUAUAUUACACCAUGCUUGUUGGUAUAGUACAACAGACUCAGACUGUAUACAAUAUUUACUGGAACAAGGACUUGAUAAAGAUGGUAGGGAUGAUAAUAAUAAGACACCAGUAUUUUAUUGUAUUCUAUCUGACAAACAAAUAGUAGAGAAGUUAAAGUUACUCUACUCUGCGGGUGCCAUGUUAGAUGUUAAGAGUGAUUUUGGUAGUUUAUUAGAAUAUGCUCGUCUGUUCGGUAACACAGAAUGUGAAUCAUAUUUACGUGAAAUAGGCCUUGAUAAAUAGAAUAUAAAUAAUCAUACAACAUCUUUAUUUUACUAGUUAAUAAUUAUAUUAGAACUAAAUGAAAAUGUUUUGUUUUAUUUUGAUGUAAAUUUAAAGAUUUGUUAUAAACCAUUUUCUGUGAAUAUCAACAAAAUUCUGUACACAGACAGGCUACCUGUCAUUAAAACUAGUAACAUGCGAUUACAACGUCACAGGUCAAUAGGUCACGUUAAAUCUAUUUAUAAACAAAUUGAAAGUAGUAUUACCAGGUUGAAUAACAGGAAUAGAAAAUCAACUGAUGUGAUGUUUUGGUGGUCAUCAAAGUCAACUUUAACCCAAUAUUGUUUUAAAUAACAACACAAUGAAUUAUAUUAACCAAGAGAUAAGAUUGCAGAGGAAUCAGAAUAAUAUUUGAAAUGAUGUUUAAAGAAUAUAUUUACUAUAGAAGAGCUGCUACAUUCAUUAAAAGUUGUUUGUGAUUAUUUGAUACGUGAUUGUGUCAAGAAAUAUCCACUAGAAAACUGUCCACUGUUUUAGCGGAAGAUCCUGAGAAUCAACUGAAAGGUCGUAGUGAGUUUAUUGUGGUCAUCUGUUUCAUAAUGGUUGUUUAGAUACGUACAUGAAAACACCUCCAUUUAUAGGAGGUAAAAAUAUCCUUUCUGUGAUAAAUGAAUUUAUCAUGAAAAAUGGAAAGUGUCAGCUGAAGUAAUGGAGAAUUGAUGGGCACAUAAACAAGCUAAACAAAGAGAACUAGAAGAAUUUGUAGAUUUCUUAAAAGAUUGAAAUAAUUUAUAAUAUACCUCUACUUUUGUCGAUAAAAAUACCAAAUAUAUAUAUUCUACAAUCUAGGCUUCAAAUUUACAAUUUACUUACGAAAAUAUUUAUUUACAUUUUAUUCAAUGUCUCUAAUAUUUGAAAUAUUGUAAAAAUUGAAUCACUGACGGGCGUGCCAGACCCCCCAAAAAUUCUGUUGAGUUUUUACAAAGAUAUGAUGAAUGAAAAAUUGGGUCAAUAUUCGGAAUCUUCUACAGAUGAUAUAAAUGGGAUAUGAUCAAAAGUCAAGGCCACCUGUAAUCUUCGUUAAAAUCUUCUGAUUACUCUUUUUUCAAUCCGACUCAGGAGAUUAAUUAUGCUUUCUUCAAGAAGUAUUAUAUAAGAUUUAGAUAAAGAGCUAACAGUUCUAGUUAUAAUAAUAGUUCUUGUUGCUUGUGGUGAGCCUAUAUAAGAUUUAGAUAAAGAGCUAACAGUUCUAGCUAUAAUAAUAGUUCUUGUUGCUUGUGGUGAGCCUAUAUAAGAUUUAGAUAAAGAGCUAACAGUUCUAGCUAUAAUAAUAGUUCUUGUUGCUUGUGGUGAGUCUAUAUAAGAUUUAGAUAAAGAGCUAACAGUUCUAGCUAUAAUAAUAGUUCCUGUUGCUUGUGGUGAGUCUAUAUAAGAUUUAGAUAAAGAGCUAACAGUUCUAGCUAUAAUAAAAGUUCUUAUUGCUUGUGGUGAGCCUAUAGGAGGCAUGAUUCAAGCUCUCGUAUGUUUUAAAAACAUUUUUAUAAUUCUUUCACACGGCCAUCACAACCCUUUGUGUUGCUCCAGGGUAAAAGUUUCAGUGACCCCCUCCCCCCUCUUGCAUACUGUAACUGCUUUGUUCAAUGCCUAGGCUCACUUGACUUUUAUGAUUUAAAGACAUUUUAAAAUACAAUUUUUUAUAUUUUUAACACUUUAUCUAAAUAACUAUGUAUAAAAUCAACUUAUAUGUAAAAUUGUUAGAUUUAUUUUCCCUUCAACUCUCCAUUUGAUCGAAAAACUCUAAUAUAUAUCUUGGAAAAAUCAUAAUUCUACCCUCUCUAUUUGCUGAAAUAUGAACUGGUUUACACAGAUUUUGUGGAAGUCAAGGCUGCUGAAUUGCUACCUCACUUAGGUAAUUUGCCGCCCCCCACCCACCCCAAGACGUGUCGCAUCUGGGCAUAUGUUCUCGCAGCCCCUCCCUAUAUGAGGGUCCUGUUCUUACACCCAUCUCACAAAUUAUAAAUAUCUUCUUUGAGCGGCAUUUAGCAAUUGACAUACGUAAUACAAAAAAACAUA